CGGUGCUGGACGCCAUGGAGGGGGCGGGGCUAACUCGGGCCUGGAGCCGCCCCCAGCCCCUCCCCCUACCCGCACGGGGCCCGGCGCUGCUGCAGUGGGUGGAUGGGGGGGGGGCGGGAGCUCGAGCGGCUCCGCCUGGACCCGGAGGCCUUUUGUGCAUGGAGCGCCCCCGGCAAUGCCACGGGGGGGCUGGUCUAUGGGCACUACGGGCGCCCCCAGGACCUGGCGCUGCUGCGGGCCCGGGGGGUGCCCCCCCGCGGGAACCUGCUGCUGCUGCGCCUCGGCCGCGGCCCCCCCGGAGCCAAGGUGGCAGCAGCCGCGGGGGUGGGGGCCGUGGGGGUGCUGCUGUACCCGGACCCCCAGGACACGGCCGGGCCCGGGGGGGACCCCGGCCUGGGGGGGGACACGGCUGUGACCGUGCACCUGCAGGAGGGUUCGGGGGACCCCUAUAGCAGGGGGUUCCCCUCCUUCACCGGCCGGGCCCCCCCCGGCCCCCCCCCGGGGGUACCCCCCAUCCCGGCGCACCCCAUCAGCGCCAACACGGCCGCCCGCCUCCUGCGGGUACUGGGGGGCCCGCGGGCUCCGGCGCGCUGGGGGGUGCCCUCGCGGGGUCUGUGGUACCGGCCGGGCCCGGGGGGGCGGCGGCUGCGGCUCAGCGUGGCCGCGGGGACGGCGCCCGGGACCCUCACCAGCGUGUUCGGGGCCCUGGAGGGGCGGCUGGAGCCCGACUGUUACAUCAUCGUGGGGGCGCAACGUGAUUCGCUGGGCCCGGGGGCGGCGGCCUCGGGGGUGGGCACCGCGCUGCUGCUGGAGCUGGCCCGGCUCUUCGCCGCCAUGGGGCGGGACGGGUUCCAGCUCCGCCGCACAUUGCUCUUCGUCAGUUGGGACGGGGCCGAAUUCGGGCACUUGGGGGCCACCGAGUGGCUGGAGGGGUACCCCGACCUCCUGCACACCAAAGCAGCUGCUUACAUCAGCCUGGACCAGGCAGUGCUGGGUGCCGACCGAUUGGUGGUUAAAACCAGCCCAACCCUGGUGAACCUCAUCGAGAGCGCCCUCAGCCAGGUGGAAAGCCCCAACGAGGGUGGGAAGAGCCUCUUGGAGCAAGUGACACGGCCGGGGCGGGGCUGGGAGAGCGACGUGAUCCGGCCGCUGCCCCCCGAGAGCGGAGCCUUCCCCUUCACUGCUGCUGCCGGAGUCCCCGCGCUGGAGCUCGGCUUCGAGGAGGCGCCGGGCGGGCGCAGCCGGGCGGCGCUGGGCACCCGCGAGGACACGCUGCGGCGGCUGCAGACGCGGCUGCGGGGCCGGUGGCCGGCGGUGACGCGCGCGGUGGCCGCGGUGGCCGCUCAGCUCCUGCUGCGCCUGGGCCACGACCCGCGGCUGCCGCUGGACCCGGGCGCGCUGGGGGACGCGCUGCUGCGGCGCCUCGCGCCCCUCCAGGCGCGGGGCCUGUCCCUGCAGUGUCUCUCCUCUGCCCGCGGUGACGUUGUCCGCGCCGCCGAGCGCCUGCGCCAGGACAUGGCCGGCUCCGAGGCCACCAACGAGCGGCUCAACCGCGGCUUCAACGCCCGCAUCAUGGCUGCCGAGGCCUCCCUCCUGUCCCCCUUCGUGUCCCCCCUGGUCACCCCGUUCCGCCACGUGCUGCUGGGCCGCGGGGACCACACGCUGCCGGCGCUGGCGGCACAACUGGGGACACGAGGGGACAGCAGCCACCUCCGCCUGCGCCUGGCCCUGCUGGCCUGGACCCUGCAGGGCACGGCCGGGGCCUUGGCUGGCGACGCCUGGGACCGGGGGGACAUCGGGGACCGCGGUGGCCUCGGGGACAUCGGGGAGCGCGGGGACAACGGGAGCACCGGGGGUCUUGGGGACACUGGGGGCUAUGGGGACUAUGGGGACACUUGGGUUGAUGGGGGCCUUGGGGACAACAGCGACGCUUGGGACCAUGGGGGUACCUGGAGCUAUGGGGACACGUGGGACGAUGGGGACCAUGGGGACGAUGGGGACACUUGGGUUGACGGUGGCCUUGGGGACCCCAUGGGGACAGCGGGACCCCCAUGACCUGGGUGCGGGACCUCCCCUUUGGCCCCUCCUCCUCGUUCGCGUAACGCGAGAUUUGGGCCAAAAACGCUCAGAAACGGGCAAAUAAAAACAACAA